UUUGCCUCCGCGAGCGCGCCGUCAUCGCGCAUCGUUGCCGUCGACGACGACGAUCAAAACGUCUCUCGAUACAUUUCGCACGACGACGUCACGCACACACAUUUUGCGCGUUCGGACAUACGUAAAACAAUUUUGAAAACUCUCGACCACCGUACGUGCGACGAAGCGGGAAAACUCGUUUCUUUCUUUCACCCUCUGCCGUUUUUAAAAACCGCGCGUGUUCAAAAGGAGAAACGUUUGCAACAGAAGUGAAGACUCGAGUACAAAUCACUCGGUACCAUUAUAAUUUCCUCCUCCUCCUACAUUUCCCUAUCAUCUUUCUCUCUGUCUUUCCUUCUGUAUUAUUUAUCGUUUCCUCUCUCUUGAUUUCUGUCCUGUUUCUUCUUCACUCUCCGCUUCUUCUGCUUCUUCGCUCCCUCUUUCUGUCUUUCUCGUUCUUUCUUUCGCGCUCUUCUCCGCACUCGACGUCGCCGUCUCGCGGGGUCAGUGCCUGCUCGAUCGGAUCCUGAGCAGGAAUAUACCGGCGGAGAAGGAAGAGAGGAGGAAGACGAUCUUUCUUCCUCUUCGGCGAGAAAGUGCAACUGCUGUUGCUGCUGCUGCUGCUGCUGCUGUUGCUGCAGCAACGCACGCACGCGCGCGCACGCCACGUACUCCCCGAAGAAGAAUCUUUUUUUCGGCUGCUCCGUUUUUCGCGCCACGCAAGAACGAUGUGAUAGCACACGGUGAACAUCAUCGCGAGAUUCAAUAGAUUCAAGGCAAGUCAAACGAACCGUUGGAUUUUGAUUUGCCGCUCGUCUCAUUCGCGAUGCAGGAAACUCACGUUCGCCCGGUUCUUAUCACGCCGCGCUUCGCGUAGUAUCAUUUCAUUUGCCUUUUUGCUCUGUUCCCGCGUCCGUAUAAUUCCCUCUUUCUCCCCCUCUUUCUCUCUCUUUCUCCUGUCGCAUCAUAUACUCUAUCUCCGUUUUUCUCACUCUUGCAUCAGACUUGCGUUUAAUCCGUAUUCUCUCCCUCUUUCUUUCUUUCUUUCUUUCUCUCACUUUUUUCGUUCCUUCGCGAUCGUUCGUCAUCUCGCUCGCUCGCGCCGCGUCGUGUUUUCUCGCGAGCGAAAUACGAAGAAAAAGGAAAAUCGGCGCGCGAGUGAUAACGCCGCGCCACGCGCGAAACAGAGAAACUCAUCGUCUUGAAGAAGAGAGAGAGCCGCGAGUUUGUGUUUUUGUUUAUUCAGAGCAGAGGGACUGCACCUGGUAACUAAACGCUGCACUUCGCCGCGCUGUUGUACAUUACAUACGCGAGAGGAAGUGCAAGUGGACGCUUCGGAAGGACGUCGCUGGAGUAAAAAAGUACGAAAAAAAUUGUCAUGCAGUAGCCAUGGCCUUUGGUUUUGUAAGAAGAAACGAGUUUUCAUAGAUCAAAUCGAUCUUGUGCUGCUUUUGUUUGCGCGAGAAUAACCGACAAUCACGAGUUUCCUGACAAAGAGAUAGAGAAAAGGAUAACGAAAUCUUCGAAGGAGAGACGCGAAAAACCCGACGAAAAAAGUGGAGAUAAACGUAUAAGAAUGGACCAUGAGGAAACGCGGCACCGGCUGGUAGAAGACGAGCAGUCGGACGCGCUUGUACCCCAUCGUCGAUCGCCGUUGUCGACGCGUUUUCGAUACAUCCAGAGCCAGCGGCAGGUGUCGCGCGUGGCAGAUACGAGUUUGACAGGUGUGAUAAUCGGGGGUGGCCCGGUCAUUGCCGCCGCCGGGCCGGCGAUGCGACGAUGAGCUCGCCGAGGGUGCUGCUACCCCUCCACACCCGACCAAAGCCCCGCGUAGUAGCAAGGCCGGGUAGUCUCGAAAACUGCAGCAACAGCGAGGCCGAACGACGAGGAGCGGCAGGCGGUUCAAGGCCGAAACUAUCCGCGUGGCCAUGGACCACGAAGCGAAGAACGGAACCAGCAGCCACGAGGAAUACACCAAUAUUCACUUCAUCGUCGGCGACCGCAUGGAGACUUACACUUACAAGGCGAACCAGGUCACGGACAUGGAACUCAAGGAAAUCUUCAGAACCGCGGCAGAGGCUGGCCCUCUGGACAUCGUGAAGCUUUGCAAAGGAGACAAGCUCUACAACAUUUCGACUCAUCUGCCGGGUAACACGCCCGACUCGCCCUAUGUUCUUCAGAUCGUUGGCGCGCACCCCGCUUCCUCGGGGGUGAUCGAGGCGGAGGUGCUUUGGGCGCUGGAGAGGCGCGUGGCAGCUUUAGAGCGGCAACUGCGGGAGCAUCAAGAAGCUUUGUGCGCAACACCUUCCCUCGCGCUGCGAGAACUGAGGCGCCAAGUGGACAGUUUCAAGAACAAAUUGGAGAACAACGAUCAGCUGAGCUGGCUGAGUUUCUGCAAGCAGCUUCCGGAGCCAAUCUAUAUGGAUUCUUGCCGCAGAUUGCAGUAUCGUCGGAAGAGUGACAGCAUGAAGCGGAAAGUUCGGGAGAAGUUCCUCAAUAUCUGUGACGUGUCAAUCUCGUCGAGCGUACGCGAAUGGCUCCGCUCGCCGGCUUUCGACGCUCGACAGUGGGAGGACGAGGAGCUGCUGCUGAUGCUACAGACGAUGUUCGUCGAGCUAGACCUACCUCAAAAGUUCAACAUUCCCUUGCCGAUUUUGCGAAACUUCCUCUACGAGGUUUACAAUAACUACAACGAGGUGCCGUUUCACAAUUUCAGGCACUGCUUUUGUGUGGCGCAAAUGAUGUACGCGAUAGCCUGGGCGGUGGACCUGCCAUCAAAGAUAGGCGACCUCGAGGUCCUCGUAUUGAUUGUCUCCUGCAUCUGCCACGAUCUUGACCAUCCAGGCUACAACAAUAUUUACCAGAUAAACGCGCGGACCGAGCUGGCGUUACGCUACAACGAUAUCUCACCUCUGGAGAACCAUCACUGUUCCGUGGCGUUCCGGGUACUGGAAGCGCCGGAGUGCAAUAUUCUCGCGUCAUUGGACAAUCCUACGUACAGAAUAGUGCGCGAGGGCAUUAUACGGUGCAUUCUGGCCACCGACAUGGCCCGACACAACGAGAUUCUCGGCCAAUUUACCGACACCAUUCCCGAAUUCGAUUACACCAACAAGGCGCACAUAAAUCUGCUGUCCAUGAUUCUGAUCAAAGUGGCCGACAUAAGCAACGAGGCACGUCCGAUGGAAGUCGCGGAGCCGUGGUUGGACAGAUUGCUUCAAGAAUUCUUUAAACAGAGCGACGCGGAGAAGCUCGAAGGUCUUCCGGUCACACCCUUUAUGGAUCGCGAUAAGGUGACCAAACCGUCGUCCCAGGUUAGCUUCAUCGGCCUAGUUCUCCUCCCACUCUUCGAGGCUCUUGGCGAACUUCUACCGGAAUUGCAGGAUCUCAUAGUUCAACCGGUCAGAGAAGCUCUGGAGUAUUAUCGCAAACUGAACGAAGCUGCCAAAGACGAGCGUCAUCAUCGGAAGAGCGUCGUGGACGUCGGAGAGUCAGCCCUGCCUAACGCGUCGAGCGGCGGCACCAUCGGUGGCUCGUCCGCCGUCAUUAAGUCCACAUCGUCGCACAGCGUGCGCUCAAAAAGGUCCGCCGGCACGGUACAUUCGCGCUCACGCUCGACCGACGAUGACAUCACGGAAAACUUGAUGAUGGAAGACGUGGAGAAUAUCGAGAGUUCCGAUCCGGAAACCGCGACGGAGGUGGAGAUCAGCGAGAAAACGUUAAAGUUCAAGAUCUCCACAGAGGGGUCGCUGUCUGGGACCAGCGGUCGCAAGAGUUAUCCCGGCAGUCGGAAGGGCAGCCGGGAAAAAUCCUCGUUGGAUUAUCACAAUCACGACCUGGCCAAGGCCGUUCGUGAUCACGAGCGAGAGAGAAGACGCAGCAGAGGCGAGAACUUCGGCAGCGACCUGAGUUCACCGGUUAGCGCGAGGUCUGCCGAAGGCACGCGGAUCGUCGAGGAGAUAGAAAAGGACGAGUCAGUUUUUUUAGAUGUAAAAAUCGAGGGCAAAACGCCUGAGGGAAACGGCAAUGUCGUCGCGGCGGAGGCCCGCUCGCAGCCGAUAAACAACGUGAGGAAGAUCAGCAGCGUCAUGGAAAACGAUCAGGAGAGUAGAUCGAGUCGCAGAGAUGCUCACGGUAGUCGAGAAUCGGUCGGUCUGCGAUGUUGCUGCGACGACAAAACCGGGCCGAAUAACAAGUCGUUACUUUCGCGAUUGAGAAAUUUCACGGACCGUCUGAGCAUCAGUUUCGAUUCCAAGGACUCGCCCGGUCCGAAACCGAAACACGCGUCGAAGACGCUCAACAAGAGCAAUUCGAUAAGCAGCGGUUCGACCACCUCGUCGUCGAGGCAUCAUAACUCCUUAUUUAUCUGCAAGCGUUGUAAUCUUGCCAAGUCGUCGAUCAAGGACAGCAACAAGGCGGCUAUCGCGACCGUAGUGGAGCUUUCGUCGGUGGACAAACGCGCGAUGACCCUGCCGAAGGUGCGCAAGUCUACGGACUGCAAGAACAAAAGCUGGCGAACGGUGUUUGCUAAAGAGAAGAGAUCGUCUACUUCUUUGGAGGCUCUGCCGGCGGCCGGUGCUGACAGCUCGUUUUCCAAACAUCGCAGAAACUUGUCAAAUCCCGAAGGCAAGUCGCAGAGUAUGAAGGAAGUGAAGACGCGGCAGAAUCUGGACAUCGAGUUUCAGGAGAUCGACGUACGUCCGAAGAAACAACCCGAGAUCAUAGUCAAUCCCGACACCAGUAUCUGCGACAUCGAGGAGGAUCUCGGCAAGGUUGAGAUUAGAAGAAGCUCGGCCAGUAUGGAGGACAUUUCCAAGAUGGCGAAACAAGCGGAAGCCGCCAUACUGCUGGGCUCGCUAGAUCCUAACAAAGCGGAAGAGCGUCCUCAUACCGGCAGUCUUGACUCGAUGCUCUGCAAGGACGUGUCCAAGUCACGAAAAAAACAUUCCGCUUUGUUUUCCUCACCCGCGACCACGAAAAAAUCAUCGCCCGGUUUGUUCUCGCGAAUCAAAUCCGGCAUGAGCAUCGACAGCACCCGGAGCAACAGCAACAGCGAUUCUCUACACGAACACGGCUCGCAAAGCGGGUGGAUAUCCUCGUUGACAGCUAGCUUCCGGCCGAAGAGGCAUCCGAACGACACACCGUUGUCCCCACACCCGCCAAGGUCGCCCAGCAGAGAAGAGAUCAAGUGAUACGUCCUAGUGGUCGAGGAUUCCUCCGAGAAGAAGCUCGGUCUCCGCAGCUGGUGGCCCGAGAACUUGUUCUGCUGCAGUAGCUAAGAUUCGAGCAAACAGUACAAUUCCUGUGAAAACGGAGAAAGGGAAGAGGGGAGAGCUAAUCAAGUUUCAGAAAUAUUCGGGACUUUGGAGCUGUCGUAACGCAAAAAUUAGUAGAAAAUGUGGUUGUUAAAAGUUUCAUAAAGUAAAUUUCAGCCUCUCGACGAGGGAUUGUUAACUUUCCCGUUGCGGAAUUAAUUAUCAAUUAUUAAUAAUAUCGCGAUAAAGUAAAAGAAAAAAAAAGCAAGUCAAUUCGAAUGAAUGUAUUUGCUCGAGUAAACCAAUUAUCUAUAAAAUAUACAAUGUACAAUUACUGAGUGAGAAUCGAAUUGAAUUUUUAAUUGAAUUCUUCUUUCGGAGAUAUCCUCGCACAAGACCAUGAUUUUCUGUCAAUUGAGUGCUUUAUGUCGUAACGAUUACACAAGAGUCGAUACGUUUUAUUAUUGUGUGGGACACCCACGGCCUGUGAAGAGCAAAACAGAAAACGAGAAUGUAUGCUGUAUACACAUAGACUAUUUUAUUUAUUGUCCGAUUAAAAAAUAGCCUAACCAGUAAAAAUCAUUAAUGUUGUUCUCGUUACUAUAUGCAUAUAUAUAUAUAUAUAUAUAUAUAUAUAUAUAUGUAUAUAUAUAAAAAAAAUAAAAAUUAUACAAGAGUGCAGAUGUAUACAGAGACACUAGAGGACAUACAUACGUACAUCUUCAUUGACACAUGUGCACAUUAUAUAUAUAUAUAUAUAUACACAACAAUAUAAAAGAUCUAUAGUGUAUACGCGAGUACGUGUGAAUAGUUUGUAAGUAGAAGAAAAUGAAAAACAAAAAAAAAAAACAAACGAGUCGAGUUAUGUGAGCUCUGUCGUAUGUCGAUGUGCGAGUUUCAGUAACGACGAUUUAAGGACGCGUGAGGUAAGAGAACGUUCGUCGGAAACAUAUAUAUUUUUAGGACAUUCUGAGCAUCUUGUUUAUUUCACUCUUUCUCUCUCUCCGUCGCAGUAUUCUCCGAAUUUCCUAGAAAUAUUGCGAUCUUCUUGAAAACUUGCGAUUAUUCUGAAAUUAAUCUGAAACGAUCUCGAACCUUUCGAAGAAACUCUCUCGGGAUAUUUUCAGAUUAGUUUUUUCACUAUAUAUAUAUAUACCUAUAAAUAAAUAAAUAAAUAAAUAUAUAAAUCAAAUAUUCUCAUCUCUCGAGCUAGUUAAGGCGAAACGAGGAAAUGGGGGGAGAUGCGCGUCAGAUUGAUUAAUUGUGCUUUACGUUUGCGUUAAGAGCGACACUUGCACAUGCGCGAUGAUAAAUCUCUCGUCGCUCGGUUCGGAGAUGAUUGUUGAAAUAAUUGCGUCGCGGAUUAUCUUUUUAUCUAGUCCAGCCACGCUCCCGGCGUGCGUUUUCAACUUCGAAAACGGUUUGAAAAAAACUUUUAAGCGGCAGUUUUAAGUCGAUCACAGUGGAAAGAUCCGAAAUUACUCGAGUGGACACACUUUCGCCACGUUUCUUCAGAACGUAAAGGUCUUCUUUGAACAAUUAAAUCUCACGAAAAAAAAAGAACACACAUUUGUAAGCAAAAAAGAAAGAGAGAAGAACGCAGCCUAAUGGGGUGGUUCUUCUUGACGGACUAUCUUUCCUUAUUUCGUAUAAAACAAAAAAAACAAAAAAACAAAAAUUCUUUUUGAUGUGUUUUCCGAAUUCAAAUUUCUAUAUACGUACGCAUACGUAGAAACACACACGCUCAAACGUAAUUAAUUACGUCUGUAACGACGUCCUGCUUUUUUCAUUUUUAGAUGUUUAUAUUUUUAUACUUCAUCAACUGCGUCUGUACGGCGAGUAAAAACCGCAUGUAUUGUUGAACUCUAGUCUUACGUUAUUAUCUUCAAACCGACCGCCAGGUUUGAAUGCGUUUAUUAUUUUGCGUGACGGUCUUCAUGAGGGGAAAAAAAAAAAAAACAAACACACACACAUACUCUAUGAGAGAGCGAACGAACGAGCGAUCGAACGAUUCUUCUGUGUCAAUUGCUUGACUGAUUGUUUAAUCAACGAUUGUUUUUAUCUUCCUCUCUUUUUCUCACUUUUAUGCCGUAGGAAUCCAGAAUUCAUGUCAAUUGAAUCAAAUAUAUGACAAAAAAACGCAAAUAGAACGAAAAGUCAAAGUCUUGCGCGUAAGAUCGUAUGAAAAUUGAUUUUGACAAACUCUAUAGAGAAAAAAAAGAAACUAAUUUUUAUUCGACGGACAAGUCCCGCCGCGCAGAGAUACGAAGAAACUGAAUAACCGUAACGAAAUAUAUUUUCUGUGAUUCUUUCUCGAGAUUAAAAGUCAAAUUUUUUUCUUGUUAUUUCAAGAAAAUAAUAAAAGAUGUGAAGAAAAAAUAAAGGGGAAUACAGGGAAAAAAUAAAGAAAAGUACAACUGAAUGUUCGCGAAUGUGAGAAGAAAGUCAGUGUGGCGCGACGCUGAUAUUUAGAUAUCAGAUAAUGAAAUUUUCCGCGAUGUGGAACGAAAGAGAGCAUUUGAUUUUGAUUUUUUUUUUUUUUUUUUUUUGAGUCGAGAGAACAAUUCUGAGACGGAAUUGUUUGCGUAACACUGGAAACGGCAAACGAGAUGCCGCGGUAAACAAAUGAGAUUGAAAAGUAUACAAGAAGUAAAAUAAAGUAAAAGUAUAUAAGAAGUAAAAUUGCUCGUAAAAAAAUUGUCAAUAAAAAACCAAUACGAGACUAAAUAUAGGAUGUCCGUGUGUAUAAAAAAAACCUGUAGAUCGUUAUUGAAACGAUAAAAGUCAGACGUUUUGAUCUUUGUGUUGUGGAUCUUCCUCAGAUCUAUAGUUUUCUAGUCACAGACAUCCUGUAUUUAGUCUCGUGUUGGCCUUUUAUUUAAAAAAGUAUAAUACGAAGACGUCAUUAUUCAUCAAAAACAUGGAAAAUCGAAGUAUUAAUGCUUUUCUCUACUUCAACUACUCAUGGGAAGUUGUUAAAAAAAUGAAAUUAAGUUACGUUCUCGCCUUACGUAUUUACGCAAACUGUGUAGAUUAAAUUUAAGCGGAAUAUUCCAAUGUUUAUUAAAACCCUCUCCCUCCACUACGACCAAAGCGAAUGUUCCUAAAAGACAUUUCUAACUUUAUAUCUGAACAAGAAUCAAAUGCACUUUUUUUCUUUCGUAUCGCCUACUCUCUAUUUCUUUCUCUCUCUUUCUCUCACUCCUUCUCUGUGCCCGACUGAUAUUCAAGACUGAAGUUGGACAAAGGUACCCAAAUGACUAGUUUGUAAAUUCUUUCGUGCAUAUAAAACCACAUGUUAAUAAAAUAAGCGACGAGACACGUAUACAUAUUCAAGUUUUCGAAUUUGACUUCUUCAAUAUUACACGAAACGAUAAUUUAAUGAAAAAUUAUCGCGCAAAAUGUUCGACGCACAAAGAUAAAGAAAAAUUGGAGUUUUCUAAAGUGUCUUCUCUUAACUUUAAAAAUGUAUAUUAUAUAUAAUAUAUAUUAUAUGUAUUCAUCAAAAAAGAAGUUUUGUGCGCGUGUUGUUUCGCAAAGCCUUCAAAUAACCAAAAAACUCUCUCUCGAUCUCGAUAGCACCAGCGCGUUCGGGUACUUUUCUCCAAAACUAGUCGCACUUUUCCUUGUGUUCGCAAUUUCUUACUUACCCAUGUCUUGACUAACAAUCUCGAUUUACACAAAGGAACGAUCUUGAGAAAAAAUUUUUUCCACUUCGCAGAUUCGUGAAAUGAAAUUCAACUCGUUGCGAGAUGAUCGUUGAGAUUGUUGUUUGAUUCUCGCUUUUUCGAUAUAUCUUGUACCGCUUAUAAAAUAUUAUUAAAAAAUAACAAGUAUAAAAAAAAGUUAAAAAAAUAAACACACAAAAAAUGGGCCAAUCAAACCGGUAAUACACGGUUCAUCGCGUUUUACUCGUCAAUUGAAUAUUUUUUCUCAAUAAAAAUUCUCUCUCUCUCUCUCUCUCUCUCUCUCUCUCUCUCUCUCUCUCUCUCUCUUUCUCACUCUCUUAUUCCAAUUAUAUAUAUCGUCGUGUCAAUUAUCCGGAUAAAGCGUAUAAAAAAUAAAAAAAACUCGUUCGUAUUAAUCGCUUUCCGCCUCCGCUCGCAUGUGUAUCGGGGAUGCCUGCCGCAUUCGAUUCUGCGCUCGAGAGGCGCUCGACGUUUAUUUAUAAUUGUAUUUUUAUCCUCUGACCAAAAUUACAUCUCAAUUCACUACGUAUACGACAAAUAUAUAUGUUUACCAGAAGUUACCAGAUAUUCGAAAUCUGUAUAUUGUAUAAAGCUGAGCUUAGCGCGUUUGCAAAAGAAAUAUUGCGUCUUUAAUAUUUUUCGUGAAGCAAAAAACAAAAACGGCUUGAUAAGCCAAAGAAAUUCAAUUCACCGCUUUAUUGCUUUGAAGCUUUUUGAAACCGCACAUUUUUACACGCGUCUUUUGAUGAUGAUUACUUAUUAAGCGGUGAAGCAAAGCGUUCUUUGUAAUUAAAAAGUUACGCCCAAAAAUUAUGUGAGGCGCUGUAUUACAUAAUUCAACGAUGAUUUGUGGUCCAUACAGCGUCACGAGAUCUUGUUUUAUUUUCAUAUAUUCUGUUUUGAUAUAAUUAAACGUUAUCGACAAAAGUAACUGCAAAUAGAUGCGUUCGCGCAAUGACGUGUGAAAUGUUGGUGUGAGAAUUAAAGUGUUUUAAUGCGUGUAUUUUGAAUAAAAAAAAAAAAAAAAACAAAACAAAACAAAACAAAAACGUAAUUACAGACUGUUGUUAAGAUGCGGUGAGUUUUACAACAAGCUGUAUAAUCAACAAACGUGGCUUUGAAAAUGUCGCUGUUUAAAACAAUCAAGUAAGCGACUUGUAUAUUAUAGCGAUUUCACGAAUUGUCAUCAUAAAAAAAAAAAAAAAUUCUCUUAAGGAAGAAUCUUGAUCGAUGUGUUUUUUUGUGAAUUCGAAUAAAACACCCAAACAUCACGUGGACAGUUUCAUGUUUCAAAAGAUCUAUCUUCUCCGUCUUUCGCCGUCCCUUUUCACGCAGAGUUGUAUUAAAAAAAAAAAAAAAAAUUAUUA